GUGUGGGUCUAUGUGUUUGUUAAUUAUACGCGACACGACAACUACAUUGUUAGUUCGAGCUCUAUUCGAGUAUGUGUGAAUAAAUCAAUGUUCGCGGCGGCUGCAUUGCUAAUAAAGCAACAACAAAAAAUAUAAAAAACAAUAACAAAAACGCACACUUGAAAGAUUGCGUUGCUGUUUUCAUUCCAUAGCCAUAUCUCACCAAACUGAAGACAACAAAAAGAAACGAAUUUGGCGCGCAGUGAUCGAAUGAUAAGACCGUCGGUGAACAGUCAUCGAAUAUAAACAAAAUACACACAAAUAUAAAACAAAAUUUAAUGAAAUACACGUGUCACAGCAACUCAGCAAAGAGAUAAUUCGAUUACGGUACGGUAAACCCAUAAGUGCAUUCAGAUCAACGUCAAAACAACGAAAAUUAACACAAUUUGAAGGCAAUAACAUUUGUGACAGGUGCAAAAGCAAAAGCAAAAAGAAAACCAACAGCAACGCAACAUAUAACCCAUAAAAGGCAAUCAACAGCAACAGCAGCAUCCAAUGGCUGAGGAGGAGCUCUUUGGCGAUUUACAGGACAUUAUCAAUGCCAGCCUGGAGGUGAACGGCGGUGCAGGAGGCGGUGUAAAUAUGCCUCAGGUAUUUCAUCAGUCCACGUCCCUGCCGGUGAUGCCAUCGCCCAUGCCGCUGGGCCAGAUACAGAACCAGACACCGACACCCAAGAAGACGACGACAGGACCGAAGGCCAGCACCAAGACGGGUCCACACCUCCGCAUCAUCGAGGAGCCAACGAACAACAUAAUCCGCUUUCGCUACAAGUGCGAAGGACGCACGGCUGGCUCCAUACCGGGCAUGAGCACCAGCACGGAGACGGGCAAGACCUUCCCCACCAUCGAGGUGUGCGACUACAACGGCCCCGUCACCGUGGUCGUCUCGUGCGUGACCAGCGACGAGCCCUACCGCCAGCACCCGCACUGGCUGGUCAGCAAGGAGGAGGCCGACUCCUGCAAGUCGGGGGUGUACGCCAAACGGCUGCCGCCGGAGGAGCGGCGUCUGGUGCUCCAAAAAGUGGGCAUCCAGUGCGCCAAGAAACUGGAGAUGCGCGAGUCCCUGCUGGAACGGGAGCGAAAGAAUGUGGAUCCCUUUGGGGCCAAAUUCGAUCACAAAGACCAAAUCGAUAAGAUCAAUCGGUACGAGCUGCGCCUCUGCUACCAGGCCUUCAUCACAGUCGGAAACACCCGCGUGGCCCUGGAUCCCAUCGUUUCCUCCCCGAUCUACGGCAAGAGCAACGAGCUGACAAUCAGCCGCCUGUGCAGCUGCUCGGCCAAGGUGAGUGGCGGCGAUGAGAUCAUUAUGCUCUGCGAGAAGAUCUCCAAGGACGACAUCGAGAUACGCUUCUACGAGACGGACGACGAUGGCCGGGAGCUGUGGCACGCCAAUGCGGAGUUCCAGCCCACGGAUGUGUUCAAGCAGAUGGCGAUUGCGUUCAAGACGCCGCGUUACAGGAAUCCAGAGAUCACACAGAGUGUUAAUGUGGAGCUCAAGCUGGUGCGACCCUCGGAUGGAGCGACGAGCGCCCCGCUGCAGUUCGAGUACUACCCGAAUCCAGGUAUAGUAACCUUUGCCCGGCUGCAGCGAAAGCUGAAGCGUAAGCAGGAGAUGGACGUGUUCCAGCAGAUACUUUCCCUAGAUAGCGAGACGACAGCCACCAAGUAUUCGUGUCCACCGCUCGAUCUCAACGAGGACGAGAACAACACGGUCUCCUCGGACGAUCAGCCGAGCUCGGGCACCCUCAACGACUUUGAGAUCGCUGUCAAAAAGCAGCUGAUGCACCUGCAGCAUCGCGGAGAGUCGCACGAUGCGGAUGGCAACACAAUGACGGAGUACACGGACAACGACAACGAACCGGACAUGGAGAUCGAGCUGGAGGUGCCGCAGCUGCUGCCCCAGCUGGCCGAUGACUGCACCCAGACCUCGACGCCCAUGGAGGAGAUCCUGCAGCAUCCGCAGCUGCAGACGCGUCCCCUCAACAACGUGGACAAGAUCACCGAGUGGAUGAAGAGCAGCGAGUUUGAGCGGACGGACAGCCUGACCGUGGAGAACGGGGACACGCCCACCCUCUCGAACAGCACCGCCCAGACGGCCUUCACGAAUGUCAGCAGCCUGACGGCCAACACGACCAUAACGAACCAGCUGGACGAGCUGGAGGGGGCGGACGAGGGAGCUGGCUCCCGCAGGGAUACCCUAGAGAAUCCGGCACUCAAGGAGCUGCCCGAAGGGCACAAAGAACCCGAGUCGGCCAGCGCCCAGGCCUCGGUGGAUAUCGAUGAGAAUUUUGAUGAGACGGCCACGUACACGAGCCUGCAGAUAGCCUUCAACAAUCCGGUGGACAUACCCAGGGACUGUGCCUCCUCCAGGCAGACAUACGCCGCCACCAAUCCCUUCAGCCAGAUGGAUGAGGACGAGCUGGUGGUGCUGACGAAUCCCCCAGCGCCGAGGAUCAAAGUGAACGCGGCCCAGACCCCGGCCACGCCCCCCUCGCCCACACUGCCCCAGCUGCCGCCGCGUACACCGUCGCCGGAUCCCGAUCAUCGUCUGCCGCCGUUGCCACCGAAGCCACAGAGGAACUCCCAGGAUCUGAGCAUUGUCAGCGAUGGUUCGAUCAAUCGGUCGCGCAACGGGAGCCUCAGCUCCGCCAGGACCACGCCCUCGCCCAUCAUCAUAAUGCGCACGCCCGACCAGAGCCCCACCAAACGCCAGCCGACGUCGACGCCGAGUGGCUCGCCCAAGAAGCGCCAGGGAUUCUUCUCGCGCUUCUUCUCACGCCGCAAGAGCAAGGCCGAGGAGGAGGAAGGGUCCUCCCUCACGGUGGCCGGAAGUCCCAGCAGGCAGGCCAGCACACCCACCGGCAGUAGGGAGCCGAGUGUGGCGCACUUUGCCCUGGGCGAUCCCAACCGAAGCUCCAGCCGCUCCAUGCAGCCGCCGAGCAACUCUGGUCGCAGUGGCCGUCCCGUGGGCCGCAGCUCGAGCAGUGUCUCGGGCAAGCGACCCGCCUACCUGGACGCCGAUGUCAUCCACAUACCCCUGAAGGGCGGCGACAGCGAGAACAGCCUGCUCCGGCCCGAGAGCUACUCGAACGCUAGCACCCUCAGCUAUGGUCGACCGCUGGACCGGAAGACCCUGAGCACACUGCAGCUGGCCGACAUACCCAUCAGCGACGGCAACAUGGAACUGGUGGCCAUUGCCGAUCGCCAGAGCAUCCGGAACUUGUGCGAGGGAGCCUACGGCGUGGUCCUCGAUCCCAGCGUGGAUCUCUCCGAGGCCGAGCACUUUGCUCUCUACACCAGCAAGUCCCCGGAGCCGCCAUUUGGUGCGGACCAGGCGGGAGCUGGUGCCGAUGAUGGUCCUGGCGGGGCGGAGGCGACGGAUUUCCUCAGUGCUGACGAGAUAGCGCGACGUCUGGCCGAGGCCAAUGGCUUACAGUGAAGCAUAGGCGGGGGGACAAAGCGGGGUUUCGGGUAACUGAUGCGAGGGUUCGAUGGAAAAGGGUUCUGUAAGAGUAGAGAACUCAUCUUUAAGUUUUGAUUGACUGUAUCCUACGAAGAGAACAAUACUGGGAUCACCACUUUGCGUUUGUAUUUUUUAAAAUUAAAUGCAAGAAAAGGGAGAAACCCCACAGCGACCAAGACAUCAACUUGUAUCCCUCCAAUCUAAAAACCUGGUACCUGAGAGCAGACAUCAUUUUUGAAGUUUUUCGGAGCCCUUUUGGGUUGUAUCAAACCUUCAAGAAAGCCAUUGAACACCCCCGAAUAUAAACCAAAUCAGUUACCCGAAACCGCACAAAAACUACAAUAGUUUGACUACAAAACAAAACAAAAUCAGAGCAGAACUAUGGAUAUUUUCUAGUCGUUUUCUUUUUUCAGUAUUAAUUAACGCUUAUCUUAUCCCUACCUCCCCCACUUAAUAGUUUAGUCACCGAUGAGAACACACAGAACCGAAUCGAACAAAAAACAUUAAUCGUCCUAUCCGAAUAUAUCUUUAUAGAAAACCUAACCCAGCACAAUCGUCUGGUGGCGCGCAAAACCGUUGAGACCCUUAAAAGGAAUCUCAUGA